AAUGAAUUAUUCAUUCUAACAAGCGUAGACUCUUCUAUAUUACACCAACCACUCUUUUUUCCUCCAUCCACAGAACCAAAUCCACAAAGCUUGAUUGUGGUUUUGAGAUUACACUUCUCUGAUCUUUUCUCUCCAAAAUCAAGAUCAAAAUCUGUAGAACCCUUUUCCUCCUUAGAUUCUCUCUCUCUCUUAAUUUCUAAUUAUAUCUGACUUUUAUCCUCUCACAUCCACAAAUGUUUUUCUCAAAGAAUGUUCGUAGAUUCUUCAAAUUCAGAGGCCAGGUUUUUUGCCCAUGUCUUUUAUACUGUCUUUUCAAUUUCUGAUAACCUAUUCACCCUCAUCAAACUCUCUUCAUCAUCAUCCACAAGAAUUUUCAACCAAAACACUCAUUAGUCUUUUGGCUCAACACUCAACAAUUUUCUUUGGUGUGACCUUAUUGCGGGACAACACACAAUAAUCAUUGUUCUUCUUUAAUAAUAAUCCAUACAACAAACACAGUUUCCUUUGUCUCACUACAAAAAAAAAAAAAAUCUCUCUCGAUCAAAGGAGUGGCACCCUCUUGUUGUUAUUGCCACUCUUCCUAUAUAUUUUAAGUCCUUCAAUAUACACACUAAGAUUUGUUCACAGGUUAAACACCAAUGGUUCCCAAGCACUUCUACGAGCUUUCAUGUGGAGUUGUUGAAAUGGCUUGGAUUAUGCUUAGUGUUGACUACUCACGCCUCUUGUGGCAAUUGUUUGGUGUCUUUUCUUACGAGAACCAUGAAUGGAAGCCUCGGAUCAUCUAGGACACACCCUUCAGUUGAGUCACAUAAUAGUCACAUAUAAUAUUUAAUUUGUUGCUAAAAUUUUCAAUACUAGUACAUAGUUGUAAGUUAGAAUUCUGUGAAAGAUAUCUGUGCCGGUUAAGUUAGAAUUGUGGUUAGUGGAUUGAGCCACAAAAAGAGCCAUGUACAAGGGGAGAUUUGGAGGCAAGGCUGAGCUUGGAUAUGUUGAAACUGACCCUUCAGGUCGAUAUGGACGUUUCAGGGACAUUCUAGGCAAAGGAGCAGUGAAGGUAGUGUAUAGGGCAUUUGAUGAGGUGCUAGGAAGAGAAGUGGCUUGGAACCAAGUCAAGCUUGGUGAUGUGUUUCAUUCACCAGAUCUACUUCCGAGGCUUUAUUCAGAGGUUCAUCUCCUCAAGAACUUGGAACAUGACUCUAUCAUGACCUUCCAUGAUUCUUGGAUUGAUGUCCAUUGUAGAACCUUCAACUUCAUCACCGAAUUGUUCACCUCUGGCACCCUAAGAGAGUAUAGAAAGAAGUACCAGCGAGUAGAUAUAAGAGCAGUGAAGAAUUGGGCACGCCAGAUUCUAAGUGGCUUGGAGUAUUUGCACAGCCAUGAUCCUCCUGUCAUACAUAGAGACCUCAAGUGUGACAAUAUCUUCAUCAAUGGCCAUUUGGGGCAGGUCAAAAUUGGUGACUUGGGCCUUGCAGCCAUUCUCCGUGGCUCCCAACAUGCACACAGUGUCAUAGGUACACCAGAAUUUAUGGCACCAGAGUUGUAUGAAGAGGAAUACAAUGAGUUGGUAGACAUAUACUCCUUUGGGAUGUGCAUGAUUGAAAUUUUUACUUCUGAGUUCCCAUACAGCGAGUGCUCCAACCCUGCUCAGAUAUACAAGAAAGUUACUUCGGGGAAGCUGCCAGAAGCGUAUUACAGAAUCCAUGACUUGGAAGCCCAAAAAUUUGUGGGAAAAUGUUUGGCAAAUGUCUCAGAGAGGUUGUCAGCAAAGGAGCUCUUGUUGGAUCCAUUUUUAGCCACGGAACAACUAGACUCUCCACUUCCUAGCCCAACAUUACCCAAAAAACAAACCCCCACACUCAAUUUCACUGCAUUACUAGCCAAAGAGCUACCUCCACCAAAGAGUAACCAAACAAAGGACACACACAUGACAAUCACUGGAUCAAUGAAUGAAGAGAAUGACACAGUUUUCCUUAAAGUACAAAUUUCUAACAAAAAUGGGCAAAAGAGAAACAUAUUCUUUCCAUUCGAUACCAUAAACGACACUGCCAUUGAUGUGGCAAUGGAGAUGGUUAAAGAACUGGAGAUUAGUGACUUGGAACCAUUGGAGAUUGCUGAAAUGAUUGAGGAAGAGAUAUCAGCUUUGGUCCCAACAUGGAGGGACUGGGGCAGUGCUAAGUAUCAAAAACAGCAUAGUUUUAGCUAUGAAGAAGAAUAUGAUAUGAGUAACCACCACCCUUUCUUCUCACCAACUUCUCGUUCUUCCUCUCAUGCUUCACUUCCAGUUUUUGGUUCUUCUUCCUACAAGAAUAGUUCCCACCAUCGUGAGAAUCAUUACCCUUUUGCUCAAGAUUGGCCUCAAGAUGAACUAUUCAUGAAUGAUGAUGCGAGCUCACAAAGCUCAAUGAACUCCUUCAAGUGUUUCAAUCUCAAUUGCUGCGACCCCGGCAAUGAAGAUGAGCAUGAUCCAACUCUAGCACUAGGAGCAGAACACCUUUUCUACACACCAAAAGGCAAUGAAAAGUACACAAGAUUUUGUCCUAGAGAAGAAGUGAUGGAAUCUGAUUUCACCAAACAGUUUUGCAACAUGAGAAUGGAUUCUCACAGGUGUCAUGGAAUGCACAGGCUAACCAGGAUCCGUUCCUUCGUCGAUCUGAGGAGACAGCAACAGCAACGAUCACUGGUGGAAGAGAUUCACAAGAGGAGGAUGUUCAAGACGGUUGGUGCCAUUGAGAACAUUGGAUUUCAGGAUCCAGAAGGAGAUGGAUGUUUUUCUUACUGAAACUCCAUCAAUCUCCAUAGGUUCCAAUGCUCUUUUUCUUUUUUUAAUUUGUUCUUCUUUGGGGUGUUUAUUAAUUAUUGUAUUGCCUUAUGAAAUAACAUGUCCGUGAAAAUUUGUGUACCAUACGGACUCAUCUGAAUAUUGCAAAGUAAAACUUGUAAUAUAUUUUAAUCUAUGCUUAUGUUAGGAGAUGUUUGCUUGUUUGUAAGACUUUUCUUUGUGAUAUUUCUCUUUUGCAUGUUGAAAUAUGCAUUGCCUUGAAUUA